CGCUUUCGGGUGUACGAACGUGUUUCUAAACCGUCUUCUAAGCUGUAUGUGUACACUCCAUAAACCAGCCAAGAGGACGUGAAAUUAUUAGUACCUUUCAGAACCUUCUGCCGAGUGUGUACGGGUGGGAUAACUCUCGUGUGAAGAACGUGUUCUCUUUCACUUUGGGAACAUACACGUUGCUCCGACCGGAGAGUUAGCUUGCGUCAAAACGUGCAUCGUUGUGCAACAUGCGUGUUCAAAUCCGAACGGGAUGUUAUUAGAAUAAAUGGGAAAUGGAAACAAGUGAUGUAAAAAGGUGCACAUAUUCAAGAAUCGUCCACCUGAAAACAUGCUCGUCCGUGUGUUGUGCAUCGACGAGAGUGCUGUUCAUUCAAUUCCACGAAGCUUAGCAACAGUAAAAUUUUGAUGAUUCGUUCAACGUUCGUGAAAAGGAGAAAGCCAGGUAGAGGGGGAAGGAUACACCGUGCGUAUUUACCCAAUGAAUCACGCGUUCUAUGCGAUUACGAGACUCAACGAGCGGUAGAUUAGGCCACCCGUGUUUACACUACGAACGGUUCCCAAAUAUGUUCGUAAACAAUAAGGUGUGCGGCGAAUCAGAGGGACCCAGCGUGCCGGUCGAUUGGUUUUAGUUACCUGUCGUGGGGUUACGUACGAACACGCGCGUAAAACGAGUGUUUCGCUCAGUGAAGAAGAGAAGAUACCCAAAGGAACGUGUUCCGUGUAUAUACGAGUCGGAGAGACAAGAGAAAGAGAGAGGACACCAACACAGACACACGUUGAUCGAGAGAGCGCGGCUUUAUUGUGUGUCCGGCGUUGUGGCUGCUCGUAUAUCGUAGACGCGGAGGUGUAAACACGUUCGUGCCAUUGUCCUUUUGUUCUCUCGGUAAGCCGGCACACGGGGGGAAAGUCGACAUGCCGAGCGCCGAGGAAACCACGUAUUUGAUCGAGGUGAUGCCAGACACGACGCAAGACUUCCUCUCCCGCGACGUGGACCUUCUCGUCUCACGGAUCAAAGAGAACCUUCGGUUAUCUAGCCUGAAGGCUAAGUCUAGCAUCAGUCACAAAAAUCGUGCCUCGCCUUAUCAAGUACCCUCGAGGUCUUGGGGAGACCCGAGUAGCUGUGAAAUAUGUGGCACACGGAAUACCGGAUCGCACGAUCAUCGUCAUCACAUAAGUCAUUAUCAUCAUCAUCACAAAAGGCAAAACAACAGAGAGGACGACGAUCCUUACGAGCUGUUUCGUGAACUGCUGAGGGAGGGUAGUCUGAUUAAAGAGGCUGUGAAGAGACUUCAAGAGACCUCCGAAGAGGAGGACAACAACGAACAUUCGACUGUGUACCGAAGGAAACCAUAUUUUUAUGACUCCGAAGACGAACAGUUACCGCCAGUGUACGAACCGCUCGAGCUGUGAAACUAAAUGUUCGUCCGUUGUGUCGGUUUUUCAGUUCGUUUCGUCGCGUCCCACCUCUCGUGUGUCCGUAUGGCGUGUGGGAUUUAAAAAAAGAAUCAGGGUCAAAACAUUCGAUGUUCGUUAGGUCUCCUCUGCUGUUGUUGUUCUUUCUUCGAUUUCUUUCAGUGCGGGGUACGUGCGCGUGAGAGGCAUAAGUGUCGUGUCCCCUCCCCCCCGAGUGUGUUCGCCCUGGCCGACAUAGAGCGUACCCGAAAGAAAGUAUAACGAGGUAAACAUAAUUAGCCAAGAACUCGCCUUACAUGGCCGUGUUUGUAAAUAUGGUAUGUGUUGUUAUUCGAAGCGGUCUCGCGUUCGACUUCGGGCGAGUUCGGGUACGAUCGCCGACGUAUCGACAAUUCACGAGGCUUACGUGGAAGACUCAUGGCUGCCACGGUACGAAGACUUGGACUCGAUUUAUGUCGCAACGGUCAUCGUUUCUUGAUCGCGGGUUCGUCUCUCUUUAAAUAGAAAGAGUUUUCUCUGUGUGCCUCUCCGUAUUUAAGCUUAAAACGGGGAAACAAAUUCUGCGUGGAUGAGGUCGUUCCUUCGAUCGGCCAUCUUGCGUGUUUGUUGUCCUUCUCUCUAGACUUCGUUUUUCAACAAUUCGGAAAUAUUUUUUCGUAGUUAUGCAAUCAAUCGAAAAGCACAUGGUGACACACAAACUACACGCGAGAACCAUUCGACGAUGAGAAACUUUAUCAAUUUCAAUGUUCUGACGUGUAACACAAGUCGAG